AUGUCUUCCGGAUCCCUGAGCAAGAUAACUCGUGUCCGACUGCCCAAGAAACCUCCAUCAUCUCGUUGGGAUGUCUCGAUAGUCAACGGUCGGAUCUCUUCCGUAGAUGCUCAUGAACCCAUUAACCCCACCGACGAUGCAGACCCAUCAGCACUCGAUGGUGCAGACUGUCUCCUGGCUCCAUCCCUAUGCCACGCCCAUAUCCAUCUAGACAAAUGUUUUCUACUUCAUGAUCCGAAAUUCGACGACCUCCAGAUCGAGUCAGGAGAUUUCAAUGAAGCCAUGGAACUGACGGGGAAGGCGAAAUCCAGAUUUGAAGAGGACGAUCUCCUGAGAAGAGGCCGACAAUUAAUUGAAGAGAGUAUCGACAGCGGCGUGACCGUGAUGAGAGCUUUUGUUGAAGUGGAUGGCGGUGUGGAUUUCAAGUGUCUUGAUGCAGGGCUAAAAUUGAAGGACGAACUCCAGGACCGAUGUGAACUCCAAAUCUGCGCAUUUGCCCAACUUCCUCUGUUCUCCGGCGAUGACGGCGGAGAGGAAGUCAGGCGGCUGAUGACAGCGGCUGCACGGAGGGACGGCGUAGAUGUUCUAGGCAGUACGCCGUAUGUCGAAUCCGAUCAGACAAAGUCGAAGCAGAAUGUCAAGUGGAUCUCUCAGCUUGCUUUAAAGCACAGGAAAUACUUAGAUUUUCACCUAGAUUAUUUCCUCGAGGAAGAAAAACAGCCUCUUGUCUUCGAUGUUUUAGAAAUUGUUAAAGAGCAAGAUUGGCUACGAGAAGGGAAGCAAAUCACCCUUGGCCAUUGCACCCGAUUGACACGGUUCAAGGACGAAGAUUGGGAAUCUCUCAGACAGAAGAUCGGCACACUUCCCGUGGCCUUUGUAGGAUUGCCCACAUCUGAUCUAUUCAUGAUGAGGACCGCGGAAGGGUUACGAGGCACUCUGCCAGUAGUGAAAAUGAUCGGCAAGCAUGGCCUGGAGGCAGCCAUAGCAAUCAAUAAUGUUGGCAAUGCUUUUACGCCUCAAGGAAACUGCGAUCCACUGAGCAUCGCAAGCCUAGGUGUAGGCAUCUAUCAGGCUGGAACGAGAAAGGAUACAGAGCUUCUCUAUGAAACUGUGUCUUCCAGGGCAAAGGCAGCUAUAGGCUGCGAGUCCACAUCUCUGGAUCUCUCAAUUGGCGAACCUGCCGACUUCUGCUUAUUUGGAAGACAAGACACAAGUUGGAGACGCCGUAAGAGUAUUUCAGAACUCGUCUACGAUGUCGGAGCAUCACGGCAGACCAUCCGACAAGGCAGGAUAACAUCUUCGCAACACUGACUAUGUCAUGUACUUUGAACACGUAUAGAUGCUAUAGAGUCAGUAAUAUUAUUGAAGUCUACUUGUGGU